AUGGUACGCACCGCAGGCGAAUAUUACGCUCUUAAGCCAGACGAAGUAGAUGAAUUAUUGCAGGAAUUAGACGAUGAAAUCAAAUCGGAGUUUUCUGAGACAAAAAAAGAGAUCGCUCGCGCUUGUUUUCUCCUGAGUAGUAAAGGAAAAGAGGAGGUUGAAACUAGAUUUUUAGCAUUCUCUGAACAAGUUUUGCUGCCUUCAAAUGUUCACGUGAAGCUCAUGGACAUUUUUACAUUUCUGGACAUGGCUCGAGUUGAAGGAAAUCUUGAAAAGUCAAUUCCGUAUAAAGAACUUUUCGAAUCCGGCGAAAAGGUAAUCAUCGUGUCGGGAGUGACUGGGGCCGGCAAGACUACACUUCUCAAAACCGUCGCUCUCCAGUACUUUAAUAUGAUUAAUCAUGAAACACCAACGGGUCUGAAAGAUUUUGAAAUGCUUAUUUACGUCGAGUGUAGAAACACAGAAAUAAAAGAUUUCGAACAGGUGAUUGAACACCAUUUCAGAGUGGUAUGUUAUGAAAUUAACAUAGAUAAAGUAAUUGACGCCCUGUUCCACCUUAAACUGCUCUUCCUUGUUGACGGCUUUGAUGAACACAACCAGAAUUCCAAGGCAGUGUUGACAGCGUUGUUUGAAAAAGUCUGGCCUCGGAGCAACUGUCGUAUCCUCAUCACAACUCGUCCUCACAGAGUGGAGGAACUGCAACAUUUGCUCGUUGUAAAAAAUGUUACUCACGCUGAAUACAAACUGGCUCCAAUAUCAGACCGAGAAAAGCAGAUAGAAUUCAUUAGAAAAUACGAAAAAAAAUUUAGUGGCAAUAAUACCCAGACAAUCACAAUGAGUAUGAGUGACUGUUUCUCUCACUUGAGUUUGGACGUGGCAGCCAUGUUAAUAGAACCAAUCAGUCUGCUACACUUCUGCAGCGUCUUCAAACAUUCCCCAGACAUCGUCACCAAGUGGCGAACACUCCACGACGUUGCCCGCGAUACUCUGCUGCUCAGCAAAACGAUCGUCAAAACCAAGUUGUGCGAUAAAUACGUCGGGGACUUCAACCCAUUGAUCGACAACAUUUUUCUGGCGAUUGGUGAAGUAGCCCUGAGCUACUUACAGGAUGGGACACUCAGCUUUGACGGAAAUGUCUUUCAGUGUCAGCUAAAGCAAUGCUAUGCUAAAUUGCGAGACACCAAAGAGUUCAGUGACUCUAAGUUGAUGCUCAUUCUCUCUUCGAUUCUAAAGACGCAGAGGUCUUUCUUCGAUACGGAUGAAACUACUUACAGCUUCCAACACAAAUCAUCACAGGAGUAUUUUGCUGCGCACUUCGUUGUCAAACAACUCAUGAGGAACAUUCGUUUGGAAGAAAUUUUGCCUCGUGAUACGGCUGAGAAUCAGCUUCAGGAGGUCCUGCUUUACGUGGUUCAGGAUCUCCAGAGCAAGAGUCCUGAAACGCUCACUGACAGUUGGUCGGAUUUCCACGCAGCUCUUCGACACGCAGGGCUUACGAACCACGAGCACUGGCAGGCGUUCAUGCUACGGUGUCCUUCCGUGACAAAUGUAGCUCGCAAGGCCGCCGAACUUUCUUUCAGUCACUGUAAAACUUGGGUUAUCAGUUCCGACCGUACUUUGAAUGCCGUUCAUUUGAUGAUCUCGCACAAGCGACCGGAGAAGCUUAACGUCAAAAUGCUGCCUAUGGGUCUUCUGAACGGUCUGAACGGCAGGCGCUGGGACGCGGUUAUUAAGCAGUACUCCGGAGACCUGCUACUGGACCUGAACAGCGGCAUAAAUCCUUAUGAUCCUUGUGAUGAAGUCAUCACGAGACUUGAGAUCAGCAGGUGCAAGCUGGUUAAAUUUCAAGGCUGUGUCGCCUCAUCCGAAGCUGUACGUCACGUGUCCUCAGUAUCAGGCUCCAGCACAGACAUGCGCUUGUAUCUUCACAGUGUGGCUCCUGAUCUCGGCGCUCUACAGCACAAAUAUCAAACACUCCGCGUCUAUACGCGCCCCCUGGCGAGCCCUGCCGUUCCGGUGCCACUGCCGUCUCCGCCUGCUCCGUCCCUGACGGUGGAAGAUCCCAACUCUGGUCACUGGACAUGGGAGGACGUUGCGCGGACUGUGGUGGCUCUUGCUCCUCUUGACAAAAGGUAUGCCGACCUAUGGCUGGGGAAAUCCUUGCUGAAGGCAGCUGAAGAACAGCGACUGUUGGCAGCCCUGCACGAGUGUGGGGUUAGGACUGCCCAACAUGGAGUGACUAAGUGCGAGAGGAAGGGCUUCAGAGCCACGCUUCAUGUCACAGAGAACGCACCUGUGAUGGAGCAACCAUAG